UCUGAAUUUUCUCCCCCACUGGCACGGCCACGGCACACGACUCACAAUCGGUGCUGCAGCUCCUGCCCCCCUCCUGCGCUGCCACAAUUACCGUGGCUAAUUGUGGCAGACUAAGUUAGAGGAAGGACGGGCCCAUCCCCUCCACCAGCCGACCGUUCUAAUGGAGCCCGCUCAGAGGAAGAGGCGCGUGCUCUUUGUCUGCAGCCAUAAUUCAAACCGCUCCAUUGCUGCAGAAGCCAUUGCCAGGAAGCUGCGUCCGGACCUGGAUGUACAUAGUGCGGGAACGCUUUCUGCGGGGUCGCUCAAUCCGGUCAUGGUCAGCGCGUUGGAAGGCAGGGGGUUCUCCACGGAAGGCAUGUUCUCCAAGGGCAUUGAUGACGACACUGUCAAGGGACUGAACAACCAUUGGGAUGUAAUCUGCACCAUGGGCUGCCUGGCGAAGGGCCUACCUUACGACCCUCCUUCAUCAACGGAGGUCUACGACUGGGGCCUGCCAGACCCGGCAGCGCAGCCGGAGCUCCUUGACAUGGUUGUGGAGAAAGUGAUUGAACACGUGAAAAGUAUAAAAUGAGCCCAACACAUUUUUGUGGUCACACUGCAUCUGUAAGUCCCUGAGUUGUACGGUCAAAGGUUUCGUACCCAACGUUGUUUUGGUCCUUUGCUGCGAACUUGUAACAGGUUCGAAACCGCGCUGUUUCGGUCAAAUGCAUGUAGGCCAGGUGCAGUACAAUGUUGAGCUCGAUGUCAAUCUUAGCUAAAGUGAACUUUGCAGGGGGCCCAUGCAGUGCUCAAAGAAAAGGUUACAAGGUUAGUAGACUUCACACUGAGGGCCUCACGACAUGAUGAUAGAUGCUUGUCAGGCCGUGCUCAGAGCAAACAUCGGUCUCAGUCUUGCUAACAAACACCGCCCAGGUCAAACGAUGGUCUCGCUUUGAAAACAUGGCCACGCGCUCGUCAUCUUAACAAGAAGGCAUUAAUCAGCCGGCCGCGGGCGGUCACGCACGUG